AUGGAUUCGGUGAUUCGGCGAUGGAUUCUGCAGAAUUUGGGCUCGGACAAGCGGCCUGUGCCCUUCCGACCUUCUGAGGCUAUGGCUGUAGGUCUGCGUGCCUCAAGCAAUGCGCUCCGUCAGCUGACCAUGAGGACGAUUCGGCCUGCGAUAUCUACACCAGUUUUCAGGCUUGCAACGAAGUGCUGCCAAGGAACACAGGACUUCAAGGGUGCCUCGUUUUGGAACGUGCGUAGCUUCCACGUGGGCAAAGAGUCCUUAGAAGACGAGAGUAAGGAUAAUACUACGCUCGUGCACUUCCGGGAGUCGAAAACACCACAUCCCUUACUGGCAAAGCCACACCAGCAGGGUAAUGCCGAGCUGUCCAUCAGCUUAAACCACAUUUGGAGCGAGGAAGAGAUUCAAGAGCGUUUGGACAAUCUGUAUCAGCAUCGGCCAAAGUCUUUGACCGACAAGAUCAUGCACCGAAUCAUGUGGAGUCUCUACAGGAGCUUCAACUGGGUGACAGGAUUUAAGCCUGUGAACACUCCAGUCAGAGCAGUUGAGUGGCGCUUGAUUGUCCUCGAGAGCUUUGCGGGUGUUCCUGGCUUCAUGGCAGCCAUGUUCAGGCACUUUCGGUGCCUCCGCACCUUGCAGCGAGACCAUGGUUGGAUCCACACUUUGCUUGAAGAAGCUGAAAAUGAACGAAUGCAUUUGCUGAUUUGCAUGAAGAUGUUCAAGGCCGGUUUCGUGACACGUUGCUUGGUCAUGGGGGCGCAGGUCCUCAUGACACCGUUUCUGGCGGCCAUCUAUGUGGUCAAUCCAGGAGCUGUGCAUCGAUUUGUAGGCUAUCUCGAAGAGACAGCCUGCCUGACAUAUGCCAACAUCAUCCACCAGGUCCAGACAAAAGGCACACCUCUCAAUGAGGCCUGGGCACAUUUGCGAGCUCCAGGGAUUGCAAAGGCCUACUGGAAGCUUUCUGAGGACGCGAUGUGGAUUGAUGCCCUCAAGUGCAUGUUUGCAGAUGAAAGCAACCACCGGGAUGUGAAUCACACCUUUGCGACCAUGAAUUCCGAUGACCCCAAUCCCUUCGUGUCGAAGCACCGGAAAGACGCCGCAGUGGCCUGGCGCUUGGACUCCCAGGGCCUUUCUGCCGAUGUAGGCUGUCACAAGACAUUGGAAGUGAAGAAAAAGGAGUGAACGCGCGGUCGAUGAGCCCCCUUCAGGGCUUGGACAGAAGAUGACAGAAGUGACCUCGUCAGGUGACUUGAAGCUGUACACAUUUUCAUGUUGCGGAGCUUGGAAGUGCUUGGAAGUGCC